UGUCUCAUCUGAGGACGGGGCAGGACAGGACAGGACAGGACGGUAUUAUGAACUGAAGAAGUCCUGCUGCUACUGUGAUAUGAUGGUUUGUGAGCAGUUAAGAGGGUGAGCGGCUCUUCUGUGUGCUGGUGUUAGAUUAGAUUUAGACUUUAGUUCCGUGUAUUCUUUUUUUAGACUUGGUUAGAUAUAAUUUUUUUAAUCCCCCGGUAGUUUUAGCUUGUCGGACAGUCUCGGACAGUUUGCUGGUCGCACUUUGACACUGUUUUAAUUUUGUGCUGGAAUAGCGACAAACGUGCGGCAGAUAGGCUGCGUCUCGUGUCGCCUAAAACCAGCUGGGACAACCGGGGCAGGACAUUUUUUACAAAGACAGACAGCAGAAGAAGGAGACGCAACAUGUUUGAAGCUGCAGGGAUCCCUCUCAUCGUGCUGGACAUUAUCUGCCUCAUCCUCGUUGGACUUCCAUUUUUUAUCCUCACCCCUCAACACAACCCUUUCAAACGGGGUUUCUUCUGUAAUGAUGAGUCUAUCAGAUACCCCCUCAAAGAUGACACCAUAUCCUACCAGCUGCUGGGUGGAGUCAUGAUCCCUUUCACACUGAUUGUGAUCAUCUGUGGCGAGUGCCUUUCUGUUUACUUGUCUCGCAUCAACAACCAGUCUUCUGGGACCAAGUAUGUGGCAUGUGUCUACAAAGCUGUGGGGAGCUAUGUCUUUGGAGCUGCUGCUAGCCAGUCUCUGACGGACAUAGCCAAGUACUCCAUCGGCCGUCUGCGGCCAAACUUCCUGGCUGUAUGCAAACCAGUCUGGAAGAGCAUCGACUGCAAAGCUGGCGGAUACAUUGAGAAUUUCACCUGCACUGGGGACAAGUUUCUAGUAGAUGAGGCCAGACUGUCCUUUUACUCUGGCCAUUCAUCCUUCUCUAUGUACUGCAUGCUGUUCCUUGUACUGUACAUUCAAGCCAGACUGAAGUCAGAAUGGUCAAGGCUUCUGCGUCCCACCAUCCAAUUCUUCCUGAUCGCCACUGCUGUGUAUGUGGCUCUGUCCCGCGUGUCUGACUACAAGCAUCACUGGAGUGAUGUGCUCUCUGGCCUCCUGCAGGGAGGUUUAGUGGCUACUCUCACAGUGUUCUGUGUGUCUAAUUUCUUUGAACAGCCAGUGGACCCCGUGGUGUCACAGGAGGAAGGAGCCUCACACACCAGUUUACAGGAAAAUCCAUCCAAUGGGAACCACUAUGGCAGCACUGACUGAAACUGAGGCCACAAAGACAAUACUCUAUAGAGACUGUAUAGAGCCUUUAUCUCUUAAGAUGGUUCAAGAGGAACCGAAACACAUCAAUGAACUGCAAGUGUUUGUUAUAAACUGCUGGCUGUUUCUGAGCAUUUCUUCGACACAGUUUACCCCGCGGAGCAGUCGCUGCAGGAUUUAGCUGCUACCUGUGGCGUGGCCGGUAAACUUUGAUUAAAAGAAAGAAAAAGUCCACUACAGAAGACAGUUCUUGCACUCUACUGAGAUAUAAAGAAGCAGACCUUUCAGCCGUGGAUCCGGGUAAAUCCAACAUAAAACAGUUCACUAUGGAAUGACAAAACAAAAUUCAGCAUGUUGUGUUUGCCUUAGAAAAAAAGUUGCUUUUUUUACAGUGUGAGCUUGUUGGAAAUGUGGUUUCUAGUAUAUAUUGGUCUGAUGUUGCCAUCAUGAAUGAAUGAAAUUCCUUUUGGCCAGAAUAUAAUGAGCGUCUGUGUGCGCACUGCAAGCAGGCUUGUAGAGAGCCUGGCACCUGUGAAUAAGAAAACCUGGACUGUCAACUUCAGGAACUCAAAUGGAGACUGAACUCAGAAAUAAUAUGUAUUUAUGUCGAUUUUUUUUGCCUUGGUCAGACUGCUGCUACCUGCUGUUUUGUCCCUUCCCUGGAAAAUACAAUGCAUUGAUUUUUUUUUUUUUUUUUUACAGUUUGUAUGAAGCUCUUUAUGUUUGGUUCAUGCAGAAUCUUUAAACAGUGAGUACUAUUUAGAGCAAAAAAAUGUGCGACAAAUAAAGAGAAGUCUGUUUUGCUAUUUUAUUACAAA